CGAAUUCCUUAUUUUUAAUCCACCCCCUCACCCUCCCCUUCCGUCCCCUCCCCUCCGCCCACGAAACCAACGGCGGCACCCGCACCCAAACCGCCUCGCCUCGAUCGCCUCGGUGCGGCCGCGUCGCUCUCGCCGCCGGCUCUAGCAGCCAUCUCGAUCGAGCGCGCGCCGUUCGGGGCUCCCGGAUCGCCUCCGCCCCUCGCUGCCGCGAUUCCGGCGCGCGGGGGCGGCCCGUUCAAUCGACGGGCUCCCGAGGCCGAGUGCGCCUCGCUGCCUGUCCCCAAGGGCAAAUAAUCCAGGUCGAGGGCGGAAAGCGCCCGCCUUGGCGAGCGGGUCGUCCCGGUUCUCCGGCGGUUCGUCCAUGGCGGAGAGGCGGUCCGGCUACAGGGACGGGGACAGGGACAGGGCGGCGGGCGAGGCCGGCAGGUACUGGAGGCCGCCGCGCUCCCAGGCUCACGGUGGUGGAAAUGUCUCCGUUCCACUAUGGGAGAAGAAAUUUUGCACUGAUGCUUGUUCUAUCCCCUGGGGUAAGCUAUGCGAGGCCAAGAAAUUGAUGUCAUUGUACACAAAUAUUGUUGAGUGGGAUGAUUCAGCUGCAUUCAAGGCUUUCAAAGAUGCGAAGGACCGUUUCUGUGCUGCAUAUCAUGGUCAACCUUGUUACAUCCCAUUGCCUGACCCAGACAUGUACAUUGAUGUGGUCAACCCAGAUGAAUAUAUCGAUCCUGAGUUGGUUGCUGAUCUGGAGAGGUCACGGCGUCGUGCUCCCAGAAUUGAAAGCACCACCCCAGAUGGCUGGGACUCCUUCAUCUUCACGAACAAGCCAGUUCCGGCCACGGGAUGGGGUGAUGGGGAAACAACCAACACUAUCGGUCAGCAAUGCUCUGUGAACUGGGAUAAUCAUGUGGAACAACAGCUCCUUGAAGCAAAUUGCAAGCAAAGCUCGGGGAACUGGGACAGUUAUGUCAGUCAGCCUGCUGAAACAUUUGUUCAGCAAAGCUCAGGAAAUUGGGACACGUAUGUGGAACCGCAAGGUCAGACAAGCGGCUGGGGGGUGCCAAUCAUUCCCUGCACAUCCAGUUGGGACAUGAAUGGUGACCCGUGGAACCAUGACUAUGGCUGGGGCCCUGCAGCUAUUCAGACAGAUUCAUGGGGCGACCAGAAAGAUAGCUACUGUGUGUCUAACAGCCAGGCUCAGAGCAGCACAGAUGGGCACUGGAGACGACGAAACAACCAGUCGGGCAGGAGGAACAGCAGGAACAGAGACAGAGGGGGUCCUAUCGGCUCAAAGGCCAUGAAAUCCAAGUACCAGGCUGACGAGCAUGGCGGCGCGAAUAACGGCUGGAGGCACUGCCGGGUGAGAGAUGGCAUGCAGUACUCUUAUGAGCAGCCUGGUUAUGCCAACCAGUCGCUCGCAAUGUGAGAAGGAUGACGAAGACGCUCGAUCUUGCCGUUUGGCCGCUUUGGAGGUGCCAUUUUGCGUUGGUAAAUGUUUUAGACGCCUGUAGGUUAUGUGACGUUCCUGUAGAUAGUAAUGGUUCUGUCACGCGAUUUGCGCCUUGUGUACAUAUGUUUUGAGCCUAGUUGCCGUGUUUACUGGCUGUGUUGCAGCGCCCGUGCUGUCAACUAUUUUCAGCGUGUUUUACGCUCCGAAUCAGGUCCUAUUUACUAUUAUAAAGAUCUUAUGGCGAUCUAUUUACAGUA